AUGCGCUAUUAUACACUUCUCCCUUGCCUUGCGCUUGCUCGCGCCGCCACCAUUCCUUUACGAGCGCGUCAGGACGCUGGAAACCAGAAGAUGGUUGUUGCCCACUUCAUGGUGGGGAACACAUUUCCUUACACACCACAAGAUUGGGCGGACGAUAUCAAACUUGCCUCCAACUCGGGUCUUGAUGGAUUCGCGUUGAAUGUUGGCCCCGACGACUUCCAGCGAACACAGACGAAGGCUGCUUUCCAAGCCGCACAAGAUUCUGGACCCACGUUCAAGUUGUUCUUUUCCCUUGAUAUGUCGGUGCUCCCUUGCCAGACUGCUGAUGAUGGCGCAUCGCUUCGUCAGCGGGUUCUUGACUUUGCAACACAUCCUAACCACUUGCAAUUCAACGGCAAGGCUUUCGUGUCGACGUUUGCCGGAGAGUCUUGCACGUUUGGUCAAGGAAGCCCUGCCGCUGGAUGGGCCGCUCAAUUUGCAGCUCAUCCCGAUCUAAAGGGAAAAAUUCAUUUUGUCCCGUCAUUCUUCAUUGACCCCGCGACCUUCAACAAAUUCGCGGGUACAAUGGAUGGUGCUUUCGGCUUCAACUCAGGCUGGCCAAUACAGGUCACCAACGAUUUCGCGAAGGGAGUCACCUCUAACUUCGCCCCUACUGGUGAUGAUGGUGCCAAUGCGCUUAACAAAUUCAUUGGUGCGACGGACACCGAUACGCAACAAAUCCAGAGCCUCGCAAGCUUUGCUCCUGCUGGACAACGCUUGACAUACAUGGCCGCGGUGUCCCCUUGGUUUUUCACUCACUUCGGCGCCAACUCGUUCAACAAGAACUUUAUUUUCCUUGCUGACCAGCAUUUGUUUGCGCGCCGGUGGCAAAACCUCAUCAAGUUACGGGACCAAGUCGAUCUUGUCGAAAUUGUUACGUGGAACGACUACGGCGAAUCGCACUACAUUGGCCCUAUCAAGGGAGCUCUUCCGCCGGGCAGUGAAGUCUGGACAAAUGGCUUCCCCCACGAAGCAAUUCUCGGCUUAACCAAACACUUCGCCACGCAGUUCAAGAGUGGUCAAGAGCCUGCAAUUGAUCAAGACCAAAUCUUCAUGUGGUCUCGUCCCCAUCCGACGAAUGCUCAGGCUCCCGACCCAGUUGGCCCGCCAACAACCUUCCAGCUAACACAAGAUGUUGCAUGGGCUGUUGUCCUUGCCACCGCUCCUGGUUCGGUGACUCUCUCCACGGACCAGGCCAACACCAAGCAGUUCGAUGUGAAAGCAGGUGUCAACCUUCUCUCUGUCCCGAUCGUCCCGGGGGGUACCCUCAAUGCACAGUUGAACCGUGGCGGGCAAACAGUUGUCAACCUCGCAACGCCGGGCAAAGACUUCACGUUUGAUGGCGCACCUAAGACGUUCAAUUAUAACAUCUACGUUGCCAAGGCGCCUUUUUCAUGA